GUGCGGAGGCGUGGGCGCAAUGGCGACCUUUGUGAGUGAACUGGAGGCGGCCAAGAAGAACCUGAGCGAAGCCCUGGGAGACAACGUCAAACAAUACUGGGCCAACCUGAAGUUAUGGUUCAAGCAGAAGAUCAGCAAAGAAGAGUUUGACCUGGAGGCUCACCGGCUUCUCACCCAGGAUAAUGUCCAUUCCCACAACGAUUUCCUGCUGGCCAUCCUCACACGAUGUCAGAUUUUGGUGUCUACACCAGAGGGUGCUGGAUCUUUGCCGUGGACUGGAGGUUCUGCGACCAAACCAGGAAAACCCAAAGGCAAAAAGAAACUCUCUUCUGUCCGGCAGAAGUUUGAUCAUAGAUUCCAGCCACAGAACCCCCUGUCGGGGGCACAGCAGUUUGUGGCCAAGGACCCCCAAGAUGAAGAUGACUUGAAGCUUUGCUCCCACACGAUGCUACUGCCCACGCGGGGCCAGCUGGAGGGGCGGAUGAUUGUGACAGCCUACGAGCACGGGCUGGACAACGUCACAGAGGACGCUGUCUCAGCCGUGGUCUACGCUGUGGAGAACCACCUGAAGGACAUCCUGGCAUCGGUGGUGUCAAGAAGAAAAGCCUUCCGCCUACGGGAUGGCCACUUCAAGUACGCCUUUGGCAGCAACAUCACACCACAGCCCUAUCUGAAGAAUAGCGUGGUGGCCUACAACAGCCUGAUGGAGAGCACCCCAGCCUUGUCUGGGCCCUGUGUGGGCCAGAACCCCAUGUCCCAGCCGCCCCCCGAUGACGCCGAGCAGCAGGCAGCGCUCCUUCUGGCCUGCUCUGGGGACACGCUCCCUGCCUCGCUGCCUCCCAUCAACAUGUACGACUUGUUCGAGGCACUGCAGGUGCACCGGCAGGUGAUCCCCACACACACUGUGUACGCCCUAAACAUUGAGCGGAUCAUCACCAAGCUCUGGCACCCGACACAUGAGGAGCUACAGCAGGACCAAGUGCAUCGGCAGCGCCUGGCAGCAAGAGAGGAGGCGCCACUGUGCUGAGGUGGCCCCAGCCCUGUGGGGGGGGGCACAUCUCACCACCUGGAGUGGAGUGGGAGCAUAAUAACCUUUCCUAUGGAAAUACAGAGAACAUUGUGGGCUGCUGCUGGGAAGCUGAGAACUUGAGACCUGGCUCAAAGAAGAACGUAUGUCUGUCUGUCAAUGACUGGGCAGGGCCUGUGAGAGGCCGACACCAGCCAGCAGCAGGGAUGCAACUCUGCAUCUCUUCUAGACAACAGGACAGAUUCUGGGUUCUGGGGUGCUCUCUUGGCUUCAGAGCCACGUGCAAACUCUCUACCCUUCUCUAGCUCUUGCAUUGGAUUGGAACAGCCUACAGUGUUAAGAAAGAUACUCCCAUUCGUGACCAGUUUA